CAACCCUAUAUAAUAGACCCCAAGUUCUUUGCUCCCUCCACAACAAACUUGCUUCUAGCUUGCUAUUCUCACUUCCACAAUUACCCAGGCCGCCAUGAAGCAGAAGAUCGUGAUCAAGGUGGAGAUGACGUGCGACAAGUGCCGGUCCAAGGCGAUGUCGCUGGUGGCGGCGACGGUGGGGGUCGACUCGGUGGCGUUGGCUGGGGACGGCAAGGAUCAGGUGGUGGUGGUCGGCGACGUCGACUCCGUCAAGCUCACCAGCGCGCUUCGGAAGAAGGUCGGCCACGCGCAGCUCGUGCAGGUUGGCGAGGUCAAGAAAGAGGAGGAGAAGAAGAAGCCCGCCGAAGCAGCUGCCGCUGCCGCCGUAGUUAAGUACGCGUACCCGUGGCACUACUAUCAGUACCCUCCUGCCGGCGUGUAUGGUUACCAGCAGUAUUACUCCCGGCCGGACACCUGCUGGAUGUAGUGGCACAGUAUUCAGCAUUUUUGUAAUCCGUUUGAAAACUUA